AUAGAUUAUUGGUCGCGGGGGCAUGGAUCUAACAACGAUUUGUACGCCAUUAUUUUCGCUGAGGGUGAUGUGGGCCAAACUCAAGCAGUUGAGGCUUAAAUGCAUAGAAGAAGAGCUUUACAAGAGGAUUACUAAUUUAAACGGCAGAAAUUUGUCAACAAACAAUACAAAGGAAGCACUUACAGAACUGUAUAAAAUUUCUCCUGCUGGCCAUGUUCCUCUGCACAUUACACGUCCACCUUAUGCUGACACUGGUACAGUGCCAGACCCACCUUACUCCACUGAAAUUAAAACAGAGAAGCAGAUUGCUCUCAUGAGAACAGCAUGCAGAACAGCCAGGAAAGUUCUCAAUGUGGCCAGAGAUAGUAUCAAGGUAGGUGUUACAACACAAGAUAUUGACCAGAUUGUACACCAAGCUGCAAUUUCAUUUGGAGCCUACCCCUCUCCUCUGAACUACAAAAAGUUUCCCAAGUCUGUGUGUACAUCUGUUAAUAAUGUGGCUGUACAUGGUAUACCAGACAGUCGAUCUUUACAAGAUGGUGACAUUAUAAGUGUGGAUGUUUCUGUCUUCAUUGGUGGUAUGCAUGGUGACUUGUGCGCAACAUAUGUAGUUGGUUCUGUUGACAAACAGGGUCAGAGAUUACUAGAAAGCUGUCAGCGUAGUCUUGAUGCUGCAAUCAAUAUCUGUAAACCUGGAGUACGGUUUUCGUUGAUUGGAAACACAAUUGAAUCUGUGGCUGGGAAGGAUGGAUUCACAGUUUGUCCCAAUUUAGCAGGUCAUGGUAUUGGAUCAUACUUUCAUGGACCUCCAGAAAUUUUGCAUACAGCAAAUUAUAAACCUGGGAAAAUGGGACCAGGCAUGACAUUUACUAUUGAACCUGUCCUUUGUGAGGGAUCUCCAAAAAUAGCUAUCCUAGGAGAUGGUUGGACUGUUGUCACAAAGGAUGGUAAAAGGACGGCACAGUUCGAACACACUGUUUUGAUAACAGAUUCUGGUGUUGAAGUACUUACUGCUGAUACCAAAGAUUGACAUUGAAAAAAACUAAGGAAGAAGAGUUUUAUUUUAUUUUGUGUUUUGUGAAGAACAUCACAGAUAAACAAUUAAUGAAACAAAUUCUGCCUCCUCUGUGGUAAUUUCAAAAUAUUUUUGUCUUUUUGCAACGUUUUGUGAAUCAAAACUUACAAGGUCAUAUUAUUCCAAGUUGUGUUAAAAGAUUAAAGAUGUGUUUUCUUAACUUA